AUGGCUGCAGAACUUGGUGGAGGAGCUUUUCUCUCUUCGUUCAUCAAUGCUCUUUUCGACACGCUGUCCAAUGAUGAGUUUGUCAACUGGAUCCGAGGAAAGAAGCUUGACCAGAAUCUGCUUGGAAGGUUGAAGAAUAUUUUGAACGUGGUUGAAGCUGUACUGAGUGAUGCUGAGAAGAAACAGAUCACUGAAGAUGCUGUCAAGAGGUGGCUCAACGAUCUCCAAGAUGCUGUCUAUGAUGCUGAUACUUGUUGGAUGAAUGAUUCGCUCUCAAAGUUGUUGGAAGCCUGUGAUAAUUUACAACAUGCAAGGACAUUGUUGAAUAUCAAUGCUGGUACCGGCCAUGAUUCCUCACAGAAAAUCGAUCCUUGUCGCUUACUUGCGCAAUUGAAGCGCGUAAGGGUUUUGUCAUUUGAAUUCUUUCCUCUUGACGAUAAUUCAUGGCCCGAUCCAAUAGGUGAUUUGAUCCAUCUGCGUUAUUUGGAUCUCUCUGAUACACCUAUCGUGACAUUGCCGGAGUCCAUGAGUAACUUGUAUAAUUUACAAACGUUGAAGUUGCGCAAAUGUCGAGGACUCAAAAAGCUUCCAAGCAAGAUGCAAGAUCUUGUAAAUCUGCGCCAUCUCGAUAUUACAGCGACUAAUUUAGAAGAGAUGCCAAAAGGGAUGAGCAAAUUGAAAAAGUUGCAGAUGUUAAGUGACUAUAUUGUUGGGAAGCAUGAAGAGAAUGGGAUUGGGGAAUUGGGAGAACUUGUAAAUCUUCAAGGGUCGUUUCGUAUUGAGAAAUUAGAGAAUGUGGCUGAUAGUAGUGAAGCUUGGAAGGCAAGGAUGGUUGAUAAGAAAUACAUCACUCAUCUACGUUUGAGUUGGUCAUUAUAUGAAGAAAGUGAGGUUUGUGAUUCCCACACUGAAAAAGAUGUACUUGAGAAAUUACGUCCUCACAAAGACUUGAAGGAGCUAUCCAUCUGGGGUUACAGAGGUACCAUGUUUCCGGAUUGGGUAGGGCCGUCUUCGUACCACAACAUGACUGAGUUGCACCUGAGGGAAUGCAGGAAUUGUUGGGUGCUUCCUUCACUUGGACAGUUACCCUCUCUGGAGAAGCUCUUCAUUGAAGAUUUCGACAAGGUGAAGAAGAUUGAUGAGUCAUUCUACAAGGGUGAUGGAACUCAUCAGCAUCAGGAGACACCCUUCCGAUCCCUUAAAUAUCUGACUAUUCAAAAACUGCCUUGCUGGGAGGAAUGGGAGUCAUAUGAAUGUGAUGAUGAUGAUGAUGCACCAUUUCCGAAACUUGAGUGGCUUGGUAUAUUGAACUGCCCUAAGUUAAGAGGAGAUUUGCCCACUUUCCUUCCGUCUUUGGAACAACUCAACAUUAGAGGAUGCGAGGAGAUUGCUUGUUAUCUGCCAAGAGCUCCCACGAUGCGCGAAUUAAGAAUAGAUGGCAACCAGGAAGCAAGAAUGCGGGAGCUACCACUUUCCGUGUUGGAGAAAGUAGAAAUUAAUGGAGAGCAGCUUGUGAAUUCUCCGUUUGAGGCCAUGACCCACACCCAACCAACCUCUUGUUGGAUUUUUUUCUCUCCUUUGUGAGGCCCAAGCCCAAUAUUUUGGGGGUGUAUUCUUGCACCCUAGUGUCACAACCCUAAUUCAGUUUUUGAGGUUUUUUGAGAGAAAGAGAGUAGCCACCAAAGAGAAGAGGGAAAACAGAAUUUCCGUUUUUGUCCAAAGCAAUAAAGUUCAAAUAAGAGUUUCUCAUUCGUUCACCGUUGGAUCGGCUUGAAAUUUGAACUGCGUGUUCUUCUCAUCUUGUUCUUCAUUCUGGUCGGUGGAGAUGUUGAUUGGAGUUUUGCAGUAGGAGAAAUUGGCUUCACAAGAGAGAAAUUAGGUUUCCCAUUUUUACACAGAGCAGCAAUCUUUGAACGGUGAUUUCUCAUUCUUUCACCGUUGGAUCAACGUGAAAUUCGGACUGUAGAUUCUUCACAUCUUGUUCUUCAUUCUGAACGGUGGAGAUUUUAAUUGGAGAUCUACAGAGAGAGAAAUUGGCUUCGACAGCAGCUCUAUUU